AAAGAAGAAAACUUGUACAGGUGUCGCGAGAAAACGCUCCCAGUUUUCCUCUUUACUAGUCGACUAUUCGAAGAAGGUUUUACCUUUCUUUCGCCCAUUGUAAGCUUCGCCCGUCGUGUUGCGCAAACAACGGUGCGUGGCAUUUGGAAAUCUAGCGUGCACCUUUAGCAGCGGGCUCACUUUAGCCAACUCUUCUUAUCGUGAACCUGACCUAUAAAUUCUCCGCAUCCCGUUCUCUCUCUCCUCCGACUGUCUGUAAAAAAGCCAUUGGCGUCUGUCAUUUCUCCGAUCCCGUCUUUCUUCAUUGACUUGUAAUGGCGACAAAGAGGAGUGUUGGUACUCUGAAGGAAGCAGAUUUGAAGGGAAAGAGGGUGUUUGUGAGGGUUGAUCUGAACGUUCCUCUGGAUGAUAGCUUGAACAUCACAGAUGAUACCAGAGUUCGUGCUGCCGUACCCACCAUCAAGUACUUGAUGGGUUACGGAGCCAAGGUCAUCCUCGCUAGCCAUUUGGGACGUCCAAAAGGUGUAACCCCGAAAUACAGCUUGAAACCUCUUGUACGAAGGCUAUCUGAGCUUCUUGGAGUCGAGGUUAAGAUGGCAAAUGACUGUAUUGGUGAAGAAGUUGAGAAAAUGGUGGCUGAAAUUCCUGAGGGAGGUGUUCUGCUUCUUGAGAAUGUGAGGUUCUAUAGGGAGGAAGAGAAGAAUGAUUCUGAAUUUGCAAAGAAGCUAGCUGCUCUUGCAGAAGUCUAUGUGAAUGAUGCCUUUGGUACUGCUCACAGAGCCCAUGCUUCCACAGAGGGAGUUGCUAAGUACUUGAAGCCUGCAGUGGCUGGGUUCCUUAUGCAGAAGGAACUCGACUAUCUUGUUGGAGCUGUGGCUAAUCCAAAGAAGCCAUUUGCUGCAAUCGUUGGGGGUUCAAAGGUGUCAAGUAAGAUUGGAGUGAUAGAAUCAUUGUUGGAAAAGGUUGACAUCCUUCAGCUCGGCGGAGGAAUGAUCUUUACCUUUUACAAGGCCCAAGGAUAUUCAGUUGGAUCCUCACUUGUGGAGGCAGACAAACUUGACCUUGCAACAUCGCUUAUAGAGAAAGCCAAGUCCAAAGGGGUUUCUCUGAUGCUUCCUACCGACGUGGUUAUCGCUGACAAAUUUGCUGCUGAUGCUAACAGCAAGGUUGUGCCGGCAUCCAAUAUCCUGGAUGGUUGGAUGGGUUUGGAUAUUGGACCCGAUUCCGUUAAGACAUUCUGUGAAGCCUUGGGCACUACAAAAACAAUAAUCUGGAAUGGACCUAUGGGCGUGUUCGAGUUUGACAAGUUUGCUGUGGGAACUGAGGCUAUAGCCAAUAAGCUGGCUGAGCUCAGCGGGAAAGGGGUGACGACUAUCAUUGGAGGUGGCGACUCUGUUGCAGCUGUGGAGAAGGUUGGGGUUGCAGAAAAGAUGAGCCACAUCUCGACCGGAGGUGGUGCUAGCCUGGAGUUGCUCGAGGGGAAACAACUUCCCGGCGUCCUUGCUCUUGACGAUGCUUGAUGACUUGGUCUCUUUGCCCGGAGUUCUUUCUCUUCCUGUGCGUCUGUACUGGUGUUACAUAUAUAAAAUACAAUCUGGGUAUUUUCCCAGGGUGGAAUUUUAAUCAUAAUAGAGAUGAUAGUGUGGGGUCAACUACAUAAUUUUGAAAUAAGUGAUUCCUCGGGCAUGUUUGAUGAUGCCAUUGCUUCGGACUUAAAUCUUCAAUUGCUUAAGGUUGACGUUCAACAAUUUUGGGAUGAUGCUGUUAAUGAUCCUAAUAUUUUUGGUUCCUUUAAA